AUGCCCCAUCUACAUUUCCCAAUGGUAAAUCUGAUGUGGAGAAAAUGUUCCAAAUCCUCUGAGGAAGAAAGGAGGAAUAAGGGACUGCUAAAUUUGUGCAUUUCUGCCGGAACUGGAAGUGGUCGUCGAGGCAGAGUUUCCGUUUCCGCUUCCGCACCUGUGUUUUUUUUCAUCUUCUGCGUCUUUUGCCUAGUCUGCCAAUGCCUUCUGACAGCUGAUUGUCCAAGCCAUAACUCCGAAUGGAACAGUUCCCCCCAAUUUAAAUCCACUCCAUGUUGCUCAAGGAACCUCUCCGAAGUAAUUCUUCGGCAGUUAGAAAAGUACAUUGAUUUAAGGGAUAUAAAACUGCUAGAGAAGAAGAGACACUUGAGGGCUCCUCCCAUAAAGGGCACGCCGAAGAAGGAAGAGAAAAUAGAAAUACUGAGAAAGGAGCAUGAAAGAAGUACCAACGAUGAGGAUAGCGACAUACAGGACAUUGAGAGCAGUGACCCAGAGGUAAAGGGAAAGGAAGAAUCACAGAAGAAUAAAGAUAAAGAACUGAAAAAUGAAAAGAUAAUAGGAAAGGAGCUAACGGAAGAGGAAUUUGACGAAAUGGUGGGAAAUUUACGUGGCUAUAUCGACAUAAGUGACAUGUAUGCACUCUGGGACUAUGUCCAUAGGAACGGGAAAAAAAAAUACUUGAGUUUGAAAGAGGAACUCUGGAAUGAUUGUGAAAAUAUGUCUAUAAGAUACAACAUCCCAGAGGAUUUUACAAUGAAGGAGUGGAAAAAAGCUUACGUCCAAUUGAAAGAUUCGUUUCGCAAAAAGGAAAAAGACGAUUACGUAGAUUUGAAAGUUUUUAUUGAUGGACUUAACCUUCGUUGGGAAUUUAUUGCUUUCAUUAUUCAGAAAUAUGAGUCCUGGGAUGUUUUUGUCGACGCGGCGGCGGACAACUGGAAGAAUUCCCUCUCCAAGAGCUUCGAGAAAUAUGUUGAAGAUGCCCAGGAGAAAGAAAUCGAGAAGAACCCGAAGACUGGCGCCAAGGUUCCCUGUAUUAACGAGUACAAUGGGGAAAACAAAAUAAUGACCGAUUAA